CACCUUUUCUCCGAGAUCAGAAUCGCGUACAAACCCCAGUCAUUAUCGGUCGAAGCUAUCUGUUUAGGAAACUCUCAGUGUACGACGACGAACAAACGCCCAUUACCCGACUGACUCAGGCCCUUUUGGAGGCGAGGCUGGUCAAACGAUCGAAACGAGAAAGGGUGAUUUAUUAUUGUCCCUUGACGCGGCGCAUAAGUGUGGUUCCACAAGGCUGGGGCUUUAUCCCCCCGCCUAAGGUAUUGAUUGAUUGUGAUUGAUUAUUGGACCCCUCUCAUCGUCCUUGUCCUUUGUCAUUGGGGGAAUCGCGCUGUGUCGUGUGGUAUUUGAUCUAGGUGAUCGGUGAUCAGUGGUCACGAUGCCAAAGGAAAGACAGACUUGUACAGAAUGUUCUAUGCGAAGACAGAAAUGCGACCGCAACGUACCAUGCGGUCGCUGCGUCAAACGAGGUGACGCCGACAAAUGUACUCGCGAUUGGCCCGGUGGAUAUGAUCCGAAACUACAUCGGAUCUAUCCACGAUCUAUGGGAAGUGGAGGCAAUCAAAGAGGCGAUAGUCCUCACGGUAGUGGUACCAGUGGUGGCGGCGGAGCCCAGUCGCCUACAGCCACAGUGACGACGGAUUCGAUUCAUCCUUCGUUGAGAACACCUGGAUCGAAUGCAACUUCUGGACCGAGUCCAAGGAAUCCACCACCGCCAUCGACGAUUGGUCAUGGUUCACCGGUGCGACAACCAUCGAGUAGUCAUUAUCGAUCUUCAAUAUCGAUACCCAAUCCUAUAUCCAACCCUAUCUCGCAACCAACAAGCGCAAACAUGAACCCAAACGCAAGUACAACCUCCAACACCGCCCCCACAACAUCCACCAAUUCCCAUUCCAACCCCAACCCCAAUGCCAUCGACACAUCCACCGAACUCGACUUCAUCACAUGGGGCCGAACCAAACUAUCCGACUAUGACCUCAAAGCGCUCGAACUGCUCAAAGAACCGCACCAAGCCGGCGGGGUUCCUAACCGCAUCUCCGCCAAAGAUACCAGCGCCGAUUGGGAACUUCAAAACUGCCUUGGCGGAACCGGAGCCGCACAAGUUUCAUUCUUACAACUUCUCCUCCCGUCACGACGCCAAGUAUACCAAUUAGUUGAAUACCAUGUAUCCAACAUCCUAUGGUAUCACGCCUGUUUCCACGCGCCGACAUUCUAUGAGGAAUUGAACGAGGCGUAUAAGAAUGGACAGGGAGAGCUCCAGAUUCGCGAGACGGAUCUGCGCUGGACGGCCUUGUUGUUUGCGGUCAUGUCGGCGAGUAUGGUGUGUGCGAACGAUCAGAUCGCUCAGACUUGGGGGUUUCGAAAGAGUGAGAGGGCGAAACUCACCAGGCAGUGGUACAAGGCUACCGUGACGUGUUUGAACCUGUCGGAUUAUAUGUGGCGGCAUCAUAUUUACUCGGUCGAGGCCAUCACUGUCUUGACUAUGUCGGCUCAUAUCUUGGGUUUCAGCAAUACGCAGAGCACAUUGCUGGGUGCAGCGUUCAAGAUCGCACAGGGUCUGGGUCUACAGCGACUCGGCCCCGAAGACGACGUUAACAGUGUCACUGGCAAUGCCAUCUCCGCCACCCCGGCACAGCGCGACAAGGCCAUCAAGAGAGAGACGGGUCGUCGACUCUGGUCGCAGAUCUGUCUGCAGGAUUGGUUCUCUAUCCCCUUUUCAGAAAUGUAUUCCAUUCAGCGUUCACAUUACACCACUCUCAAACCUCUCCAUUGCGACGAACACACCAUGCAACCUCUGCCCGACAAUGUCCCUGCCAUGACCAGUUUCCCCGUUUUCCUCAACGCCAUCGCCGAAUUUAUGCCUCAAAUACAUGACGCCAUUAUCAGCUCUAAUACACUAUAUACCAAAUACGAGCAGGUCCUCGAAUACGACUCACGCAUGCGGAGGUUGGCCACUGAAGGUCUCCCCAAAUUCUUCUCCACAAAGGAGCCCAUCGACCCAGACUGGCCACCCUUUAUCCCUUGGGCUCGGCGAGGCCUUACCAUCUGUUUUGCCCACAAGAUCAUCAUGAUUCAUCGGGCCUUUCUCGGCCGAAGCUUCACCGAAUCCAGCUUCGAUUUCACGCGACGAACAUGUAUGGUCGCAGCCAAGACCAUCUUGAAGGAAGCCCGACAAGCUUACGAUGAAGACGGCCCCAUGCUGUGGAUCGAUCAAGCCUUUAUGGUCGCUGCGGGCAUUACUCUUGCCUUGGACAUCUUUCACCGCACCAAUUCGGAGUCCGAGUAUGAAGAACACCGCAAGUUGGUCGAGAACACCAUCAGUCUGCUGAGCAAGUUUGAGCACAGUAUGAUUGCUCUUCGGGGCAUUCGUCUUCUGUCCUCCCUUCUCGCCGAACAAGCACGUCUUUCGGCUGACCAAACUCUGGAGAAUUAUCGGAAAAGGACGUAUGACACGUUGGGCGAUCGAGGGAGCCAGAUGAAGAGGCAGAAAUUCAAUGUGCCCAAAUUUGUCGAGUCAUUUGUGGGAAAUGACAAUUUCACCAAUUCCCUGCGCAACACCAAUCGAGACACCCAGCCGAGCAUGGACUUGUAUGAACCCAACACCAUGGAAACAAGAGCACCCAUGGAUGUGGGAUCUCAAGAGACGUUCAUCACCAGUGAUUUGGGAUAUGAGACGUUUGAGCAAUUAUUCCCGCCCCACACGGGAAUCAGCAACAACUUUUUGUUUGAAGACCUGCUCAAUUUCGACAUAUAGAGUCGAUUGGGGAUGACAUAUGAUGGCUGUUCUGUAUAAUACUUUUCCAGUGACAUUGCUCAAGUAAAUGACGAUCAUAUGACUGUACCCAGGCAGAGGCAAGGCGGUGGGAGUAGGAAGGAUUUGGAUCCAAGGUGGUUCGCGAUAGAACGGUGGUUCUGAUCAUCAGGAUCGCUCACACAGGUUAUAAGCUCAAUAAUAGAUGUCGUUCAAAGGACACGGCCGUGAAUUUGUAUUCCGAGAGAGCUGUGGUUCGUCUUUAGUGCUGGUGGAGAUAGAAUGGCCAGAAACCG